CCGUCGGACAGUAGCGGAAACAGGCGGUGUUGCCUCAGGCUCCGCCCCUCAAAGUCUCACUUCCGGGCUCUAGGACGCCCCACCUUUCCGCGGCUGCAGAGAGGAGGUUAUGGAGCGUCAGGUGCUGCUGAGCGAGCCCGAGGAGGCGGCGGCGCUGUACCGGGGCCUUAGCCGGCAACCCACGCUGAGCGCCGCCUGCCUGGGCCCGGAGGUCACCACGCAGUAUGGGGGCCGCUACCGGACAGUGCACACUGAGUGGACCCAGAGGGACCUGGAACGCAUGGAGAACAUCCGAUUCUGCCGCCAGUACCUGGUGUUCCAUGAUGGGGACUCAGUGGUGUUUGCAGGGCCUGCAGGCAACAGUGUGGAGACCCGGGGGGAGCUACUGAGCAGAGAGUCUCCUUCAGGCACCAUGAAAGCUGUGCUCCGUAAGACUGGAGGCAUGGGUCCUGGGGAGGAGAAGCAGUUCCUAGAGGUCUGGGAGAAGAACCGGAAGCUCAAGAGCUUCAACCUGUCAGCACUGGAGAAACAUGGAUCUGUUUAUGAGGACGACUGCUUUGGCUGCCUGUCCUGGUCACACUCGGAGACACACUUGUUGUAUGUGGCAGAGAAGAAGCGCCCCAAGGCUGAAUCCUUCUUUCAGACCAAAGCCUUGGACAUGAAUGCUGGAGAGGACGAGAUGUCUAUGCCAAAGAAGCCAGACCAGGCCAUUAAGGGGGACCAGUUUGUGUUUUAUGAAGACUGGGGUGAGACCAUGGUUUCUAAAAGCAUCCCUGUGCUUUGUGUGCUGGAUGUCGAGAGUGGUAACAUCUCUGUGCUUGAGGGGGUCCCUGAGAAUGUAUCCCCUGGACAGGCUUUUUGGGCCCCUGGAGACACAGGAGUGGUGUUUGUAGGUUGGUGGCAUGAACCCUUCCGGCUAGGCAUCCGUUUCUGUACCAAUCGCAGGUCAGCUCUAUAUUAUGUGGACCUCAUUGGGGGCAAAUGUGAGCUCCUCUCGGAUGACUCCCUGGCUAUCUCUUCUCCCCGGCUGAGCCCAGACCAGUGUCGCAUCGUCUAUUUGCAGUACCCAUCUCUGGUCCCUCAUCAUCAGUGUAGCCAACUGUGCCUGUAUGACUGGUAUACCAAAGUCACCUCAGUGGUGGUGGAUGUUGUGCCUCGGCAGCUGGGAGACAGCUUCUCAGGAAUCUACUGCAGCCUUCUGCCUCUAGGAUGCUGGUCAGCUGACAGCCAGAGAGUAAUCUUCGACUCAGCUCAACGCAGCCGGCAGGACCUAUUUGCUGUGGACACCCAGAUGGGCAGUGUGACCUCCUUAACAGCUGGGGGGUCAGGUGGAAGCUGGAAGCUACUUACAAUUGACAGGGACCUUAUGGUGGCACAAUUCUCCACACCCAACCUGCCUCCAAGCCUGAAAGUUGGGUUCCUGCCUCCUGCGGGGAAGGAGCAGUCAGUGCUGUGGGUAUCCCUGGAGGAAGCUGAGCCCAUUCCUGACAUCCACUGGGGCAUCCGGGUGCUACAUCCACCCCCAGAACAAGAGAAUGUGCAGUAUGCUGGCCUUGACUUUGAAGCAAUCCUUCUGCAGCCCAGCAACCCUCCAGAUAAGACCCAGGUGCCCAUGGUGGUCAUGCCCCACGGAGGACCCCAUUCAUCCUUUGUCACUGCCUGGAUGCUGUUCCCAGCCAUGCUUUGCAAGAUGGGCUUUGCAGUGCUGUUAGUGAACUAUCGUGGCUCCACGGGCUUUGGCCAGGACAGUAUUCUUUCCCUCCCAGGCAAUGUGGGCCACCAGGAUGUGAAGGAUGUCCAGUUUGCAGUGGAGCAAGUGCUCCAGGAGGAGCAUUUUGACGCAGGCCGUGUGGCCCUUAUGGGUGGUUCCCAUGGUGGGUUCCUGUCAUGCCACUUGAUUGGUCAAUACCCUGAGACCUAUGGUGCCUGUGUGACCCGGAACCCUGUGAUCAAUAUAGCCUCCAUGAUGGGCUCCACUGACAUCCCUGACUGGUGUGUGGUGGAGGCUGGCUUCCCUUAUAGCAGUGACUGCCUGCCAGACCUCAGUGUGUGGGCAGAGAUGCUGGACAAGUCACCCAUCAAGUACAUCCCUCAGGUAAAGACCCCGCUGUUACUAAUGCUGGGACAGGAGGACCGGCGCGUACCCUUCAAGCAGGGCAUGGAGUAUUACCGCGCCCUCAAGGCCCGGAAUGUGCCUGUUCGGCUCCUGCUCUAUCCCAAAAGCACCCAUGCUCUAUCAGAGGUGGAGGUGGAAUCAGACAGCUUCAUGAAUGCUGUGCUCUGGUUGCACACACACUUGGGUAGCUGAAGCCCUGCCAUUCUGCGUGAGCUGGAAUGUCAUACUUUGUUCUUGGGGAGCUCCAAGAUCUAACAGAGCAGCAAGAGGCCUCCUGGGUUCUGGACUCUAUGAAUGAGUGGGAGGAGGAAGAUGGGCUAUGUAGUUAUAAUAAAUGAGGACAUAGAUCCUGGUUCAAUGCUGGUACUUUGUACCAAGCCAUUCCCAACCCCCUCCCUAACCCUGGGGUUGAGUCCCAAGGCCCUGUAUGUGGUAGCCACAGAGCUUCAUGUGCCUUCAGUGUCAGAAGCAGGGGGAAGUGAGAGACUCUGCCUGUCAGUUCUGGCCAAAUGGGACCCUGCAUCAGACUAGCUCCUUCUGCUAUUGUCUUUUCAGUUAGAAACUGCUCUGCACCACCCUCUAUUCCCAAUACUUCUAGAGGAUGCAUGAGGCCCUGCAUUUCCACAGAACUCACAGGCAAAAGUAGUUCCAGGGUCAGACCACCUAGCCAACUGUGUGCUGAGCUCCAGCUACCCAGGCCCUAACAAGGAGUCACGAACUCAUUCCCUAUAAGCAGAGGCUAAUAAGCACUCUGCACACAUGUGAAGAGAAAAGGUGGCUUUAUGUCUGACAGGAAGUUUUGUCCUCCCCAAGGCAAGGGGUCAAGGCUGGGCCUAGCCCAGCUGUAUGACCUUGCGAAUCCAGUCCACAAACACAGAGACGCGCAUGAAGAUGGCUGGCCAGCGGGGCCGUGCACACACUCGGUUAGGAAUUAUAAUUCCCUCUAGGACCCAGCAGUCAUGCGUAAAGCAGGCAAGCGGGCCCCCGUAGUCACCCUGGCAGGUGGGGGGAACUGAUGAGGGCUUUGGACCAUGGCAGUGAUUAUCCCCCUUGGGGUUGAAAUCAUACAUUUCCGAUCCCUCACAACCUCCCUGGGCUGGCCCAGGAGCCUAGCCACUGACCUCACAGGCCCCCACAGGGACCAGUAAUCCCUCAGUGCACAUCUCCCUCUCUCGGACACGUCCUCGAUGCUUGAUGUUACACUCCUGGUUGGAGAUGACUUUCAGUGAGGCCACAUUUAGGACUGUGUCAUCACUUGUACCUAUAGUAAGGAGAAUGGGGAGAAGGAGAGGCCCUCGGGCAGGACCCAGGGCUAGACCUUCUGACCUGGAGCAGUCCAUGCUUAUGCACUGUGUUCUUACCUUUGGUUUCACCCCAGCCUGCAAUCUCACACUUGGUCCCUGGAGGCACCACAUACCGCUCUGGGGGUAGGCAGAUCAGGGCCACACGCUGGUUCAGGAUUACAGAUCUUUAGCAAAAAUGAGGGCAUUCAGUGCCUGAGGCCACAAGGCCAAGCCCCAUCUUAUACCUCACACCCUCUGAACUUGUCCACAUACCUCUCCAGCUUGAGCAGGACAAGUUGGGAGUCUGAGGGCCCACACACCAUCUUGGCCACUGGGACCCGCUGCAAGCCUGGCUCCCCAGACUGUGGGUUCUGAAACAAGGUGCCCAACCACGCCUCAUAUCCCGUGAGAGGUUCAUGGCUAGGACAGAAGUUCUGCUGGAUCAUUCUUUUUCUUUUUAGUUUAUUUAAAA